AUGCACGCCGAUGUGCGGAGAGGUACCGCCCUUUGUGCUCUUUUGGCACUCACACAGGCAUUUUACAUACCAGGCUUCACCUUCAAAAGCUACCGAGAUGGCGAAACGAUACCACUCUUCGUGAACAAAGUCUACUCCGACAAGUCCGAGCUCCAAUAUGCCUACACCGAACUUCCCUUCGUAUGUCCGCCGACUCAUCGCAUAAAGACAGGCCGAUUCACAAGCGGCGCAAGCAUAUCACUGAAUCUAGGCGAGGUCCUCCGCGGUGACCGGAUCACAGUCUCGGACUAUGAGUUGAUAAUGGGGAAUGAUGAAGAGGCGCGGUACCUCUGCGCUCAGACGGUAGAUCAGGAUGGCUUGAAGCGGACGAGGGAGUUGAUACGGGAUGGAUAUGUGGCGGAGUGGAUCGUGGACAAUUUGCCCGGGGCGACGAGCUUCCAGACGACGGAUAAGAGUCGGAAGUACUAUGCCGCAGGCUUCAAGAUUGGCGAGGAGGUGGUGUCGAAGCAGGGUGGGCUGCCGCAGUACUUGAUCUAUAACCAUGUCACGCUGGUUAUUCGGUACCAUCGCGCGCCGGGAAAGGAUGGAGAUAGAGGGAAGAAGGUCAUAGUCGGAUUUGAGGUGUUUCCGAAGAGCAUUGCGGCGAACAACCGCACUGAGGAUGGGCUACCGAAGGAUCUGCAAAACGUGCGAGAUCCGAUGAUGCUCAUUCCGACGUCCAACAGCACGGGGGAAAUCGACGAGAGCGAGGCAGCGACAUUGACGAUCCCGUUUACGUAUUCGGUGUACUUCCGAGAGGACGAACAGCUCCAAUGGCAGAACCGCUGGGACAGGUACUUUGUCGCUCAGGAAGACAGUUCAAACGUGCAUUGGUUGGCCAUCGUCAAUUCAUUGGUCAUUGCUGGUUUGCUUACAGCUGUUGUGGCCGUUAUCUUAGCGCGCACUGUGCGUGGGGAUAUCAAAGGUUAUCAAGAGGAUGGAGGAAAGCCGAAGUUGAAACGAGCAAGAGGACCAAUGUCACCGACCAAUGGCAUGGAGAAGGGCGGCUUGUUGGAUCAGCUUGGAGACCUGGAAGGAGAAGCCGACGUCUCAGAUGAUGAAGAACCGGAAGACAUCACAGGCUGGAAGCUGGUUCAUGGCGACGUCUUCCGAGCGCCACCACAUGGCGGUCUUCUCGCACCCCUCAUCGGCUCCGGCACCCAACUUCUCUUCAUGGCCAUCGGUAUCCUGCUCCUAAGCGCUUUUGGUAUCCUUAACCCCAGCUUCCGCGGCGGCUACGUCAGUGUCGGUACGGGGCUAUGGGUCUUCGCCGGUCUGUUCUCUGGCUACUUCUCUUCACGAGUAUACAAAACGUUCGGAGGACAGUUGUGGCAGAAGAACGUUUUCGUCACUGCUUCCCUUGUUCCAGGCCUGCUGUUCUCUACAAUCUUCGUCCUCAACCUAUUUGUCUGGAUCCAAGCCUCCAGCACCGCUAUCCCCUUCGGCACGCUCGUCGGUCUCGUCGCACUAUGGCUCUUCAUCCAGCUCCCGCUCGUCUACGUCGGCGGCUGGUACGGAUACACCCAAGUCGGGUCCUGGACGCAUCCCAUCAAGGCGAAUGCUAUCCCACGACAGAUCCCAGCACAGCCAUGGUUCACGAAGGACGUCCAAGCUAUUCUCCUUGCUGGCUUUGUUCCUUUUGCAGUUGUAUUUAUCGAGCUGAUGUUUGUCUUCAAAAGUUUGUGGGUGGACAAGAGUGGAUACUACUACGUCUUCGGCUUCAUGGCCGUCGUGAGCGUCAUUCUGCUCGUCACAGUGAUCGAGGUCACGGUCAUGGCUACGUAUAUUCAGCUCUGCUCUGAGAACUACCACUGGUGGUGGCAAUCUUUCCUCAUUGGUGGCUCCUCCGCGCUCUGGAUCUACGCUUACCUCGCGUGGUACUUUUUCGCGCGCCUGCACAUCACGGGCUUUGUCUCGAGUUUGCUUUUCUUCGCGUAUGGUGGGCUCGCGUGUGCGGUUUAUGGGCUGUUGACCGGGACGGUGGGGUUUUUGAGCGCCUAUGCGUUUGUGCGGAGGAUUUAUAGGUAA